GGUAAGCUUUCCCUAACCAUCUCCUUUUGCCCCAGACCAUUAACAAUUCUAGUUACAAGUUACUGUGGCACCACUUACAGCUUGUAAAGCAGUUUAAAUUGAUUAUUAAUGAUAUUUAUGAUUAUUAAUGAUUUCUAUGAUUAUUGUUUGUAUUUCCCUCCUAGACUCUAGUUCCAUGGCUGCUGAUCACUAUAGUACGUACUCAGUAUGUUUGAAUGAAUGGACACAUCUAGUCUUAGCUGCUUGAUUUUCUUCCUGAGGAAACUGAAGCUUGAACAGUGUAACACAGUUUUAUUCAAGUAUAGAGUUAGAUUACCACUUAAUAGCUGAAGGAAGUUACUUCACCUCUCCAAGUCUCCAUUUCUUUAUCCGUUAACUAUGGAUAAAAGUAGUGCCCACCUCUUGGGUUGUGGUGGGGAUUACAUGAGUUAAUUCGCUUAAAGCACCUGGAGCAGUGCCUGAGGCCUACUGGUGGUAGCUGUUGUCAGUAGUAUUGGGACCUACCCAAAGUCAUUCAGCUGUUUAAUACAGAUCCUGUCAGAUAGCAGUCCUUUAUGCUUUUCUGUACUGAGAGCAUUUGGAAUUCUUGCAAAUUUACUCUUGUGAGCAGAAGUUCAUCUUUAUACUUUAAAGAAUGGGUCUGCACAGUUUCUUGCACAGCGAAGGCAUGCGUACAUUUUGUUGUCUUCAGUUUAACUCAGUUGCAAAUAAGAACCAUACCCACCCUGACUCAGUGGAAGGCAUUUCUGAUACAUGGUGAAAAUUUGUCUACUCCAGGAAAAAGAAGGAAUUGUGGUGCUUGGAAUAAACAGAGCUUAUGGCAAAAAUUCACUCAGUAAAAAUCUUAUAAAAAUGCUAUCAAAAGCUGUGGAUGCUUUGAAAUCUGAUAAGAAAGUACGGACCAUAAUAAUCAGGAGUGAAGUCCCAGGGAUAUUCUGUGCUGGUGCUGACCUUAAGGAAAGAGCCAAAAUGAGUUCCAGUGAAGUUGGUCCUUUUGUCUCCAAAAUAAGAGCAGUGAUUAAUGAUAUUGCUAAUCUUCCAGUACCAACAAUUGCAGCAAUAGAUGGACUCGCUUUAGGUGGUGGUCUUGAACUGGCAUUAGCUUGUGAUAUACGAGUAGCAGCUUCCUCUGCAAAAAUGGGCCUGGUCGAAACAAAACUGGCAAUUAUUCCUGGUGGAGGGGGGACACAGCGAUUGCCACGCGCCAUUGGAAUGUCCCUGGCCAAGGAGCUCAUAUUCUCUGCGCGAGUCCUCGAUGGCCAAGAAGCCAAAGCAGUGGGCUUAAUCAGCCACGUUCUGGAACAGAACCAGGAGGGAGACGCUGCCUACAGAAAGGCCUUGGACCUGGCGAGAGAGUUUUUACCUCAGGGACCUGUUGCAAUGAGAGUGGCAAAAUUAGCAAUUAAUCAAGGGAUGGAGGUCGAUUUAGUAACAGGGUUAGCCAUAGAAGAAGCUUGUUAUGCUCAGACCAUUCCAACAAAAGACAGACUUGAAGGCCUUCUUGCUUUUAAAGAGAAAAGGCCCCCUCGCUAUAAAGGAGAAUAAAAGGAACAGAAAUUCUUAAGACGCCAAUGUAAUAAAUGUACUUCUGGAAGUGUCUUUCGGAUCCACUAUAUGCCUCAGCACAUGGGAUCUUAAUGACCAAAGUGAAGAGCAGAUUAUUCAUAUAGUGUAAUAAGCAUCCGGAAUGGACCCAUCCGUGUACUUCAUUCAAAUGUGUAAAUGUCAUAUUCAUUCAGAUUUAUAAAGCUAGUAGUGUAUAGUCAGAAACAGAAUCAAAGUGAGAUAUACAUUUUUAAAUAUUUACUGCAUAUGAGGCUUUCUGUUCUUAAUUUUUUAAUGUGAAUAAUUUAUAUAUUGCACAUUCUAGGGAAUAAUAUUGAUUGUAUGUCUACUGUGCUGCAUUCAGAAAAUAAAAUUUCUAUAUACCAAAAAUGUGAAGUUAUACCAAAUAAAGUUUCUAAGUGAUUAAUGCAUACGAACAGAUACAUAUACAUAUAUCUAAACCUGAAAAAUGAAUUGAUAUUCUGAGUGAAAACUACCUAAUAUAAAUAAAAUUAGUGAAAAGAAAACAUG